CGGCAGAAUGAGAGGAACGCGCCUGCGCCAGGGUGCUGCUCGGGUUCUCCGCUCAGCCGGGUAGUCGUUCUCGGUCGGUGCACCUGUUGGCAUCGGUCGUUCAACACUGAUUCUUCCCUUGAGUCUUCUUGAAGAAUCCCGACUCUUCUCACAUCCUAAGCCAGAAGAGACGGGGAGAAAGAGCCGGCAUAACCCGGACGACGUCCCAGGGCGGUCCUCGCGCGCCCGACCGGGCAGUUCAGAGUGAGGAGCACCUCUCUCUUGCUUCUCUCUGUAAAGCAGCAUCUCAUGGUGCAGGAGCUCGAUCAUGCAACCUCCCCCCCAGGCUGUCCCGUCUGGCGUGGUCCGGCCGCCUCCGUCCGGGAGUCCUCAGAGCAUGUUCUGGUCCAACAGCCCGUACAGGAGACAGGCCAAUAGUAAUGCACCGGUGGCCCCGAUAACCUGCCCACUGCAGCCGGUGACGGACCCGUUUGCUUUUAGUAGACAGGCACUCCAAAAUGCAUCAUUGGGCAGUUCGUCUAAAAGCAGCCCACCUGUUGUGCAAGGCCCCACCCCACCAUUGUCUCUUCAGCGUGCCGGUCUGCCUGGGCCACACGCAAAUGCCGGGGAUGGCUCCCAAGGACCCUGCGAGCCUCUGCCAGGCCCUCUGUUGCAGCUCAGGUCAGAUGCUAGCCCAUUUCCCGGCGUGCUGAGCCCCUCGGCACCGCCUGGGCCCGAGGCGAACAGGAGAGUCGAGGUCACUCCCGGCCCGGAGCCUGAAGUUCAGACCCCACCGUAUCCUCCUCAGUACAUUCCAGGAGUGGGUCCUGACAGCUGUCGUGUGGGCCAUCCACAGGCGAACACGCCGCGGCCCGACAGACCCCUGAGCAGGCCGAGCCCGCACGACGGCACCGCGACACCAGCAGCGCCCCCUUUCCUCCCUCAGCCUCGUCAGCAAACGCCCGGGCAGUGGGGGCCGGUGCAGGGAGGCCCGCAGCCUUCGGGGCAGCAUUACCGGCCCUGCCCAGAGGGGCCUGUGCAGAACACGGUGUGCCACGCCUCCAGUGCUGCCCACUUUCCCGCUCCGUCCAACCUGCGUCAGGGUCCUGGCCACGAGCAACAUGGCCCCCUGGUGUCUUUACCGGAACCCUCGGCCAGUGACGGGAGAAAUGAGGCGGUCUACCUGCAAAGUGGAAACCACUUAGCAAAUAGCUUUGAUCCAGAAAAUGCAUUCAGGCAGAAUUCCAGAGUUGGGAACGCUCGGGCGGGCCAGGAGUUCAGGUUGAGGCCAGGAGUGAAUCGAGGGCACUUGUCAGACCUGGCUCUCGUUAACCCCCUCACUCAGGGAAACGGCCCAGAAGGCCACUCGCACACCCCGCUGGGUGCCGGGAGCAGCUGGACCCUGCCAGAAGCGGGCUCGGGAGCGCUCUCCAUGUUUUUCAAAGGAGGAGAGACAGAGAAUGAAGAGAACCUCACAUCUGAAAAAGCAGUCUCUGCUGGUCAGUCUGACUUUGAUGGUUUCUCCCCCGGCCUGGGCCUCGGCCAGCCUCCUGCACACAUGGGGCCAGGAGGCGUUUAUCAGGCCUUCCUCAAAGGUUCCAGCAGCGAGCCCACGCAGCAGACAGGAGACCCACAGCCUUAUUUUUCUCAGUCUGCAGGCAUCCGACACGACAAAGCAACCACUAACGCUGCCACUGUUGACAUGUGGGGUGACACAGCACGUACGGGGGCUCACGGUGCUGGCGGCCCACAGUACGAGAACGUCGAGAACUUAGAGUUCAUUCAGAACCAGGAAGUGCUGCCAAGUGAGCCCCUAAGCGCAGACCCUUCCUCUCCAAGCGCUCAGCUCAGAUACGGGCCCCUUCCCGGGCCGGCUGUCCCCAGGCUCAGUGCCGUGGGCCCCACUGGAGGCGGGGGCCCUAAUCUCGAGGCCCCAGAUGCGACGGCGCACCCUGCGCGGUCUGAGAGCAUGUCUUCCAGUUACAGCAGCCAGAGCCACCGGGGUCUUCCCAGUGCAGCCAGGCCCCACGACUCGGGGGGCACGUUCAUUCAGCAGGAAGUUGGAAAACCUGAAGAUGAGGCUCCGGGGAGGUUUUUUAAGCAGAUCGAUUCUUCUCCUGUGGGAGGCGAGACAGACAAGAGCGCUGAGAGCCAGAAUGACCGCGGCAGCGUCGCGCCCCAGCCCGUGGCCCCUAGCCCCCCAAAACCCACGGGGAUAUUUCAGACGAGUGCAAAUAGUUCUUUCGAGCCAGUGAAAUCGCACUUCACUGGAGUAAAGCCAGUCGAGGCAGACCGCGCCAACAUGGUGGGCGAGGUGAGGGGGCCCAGCGCCCACCAGAAGCAGCACAGAGCAGCCGCUGCCGCGCCCGACGCCUCCCCUGGCAACCUGGAGCAGCCCCCCGACAACAUGGAGACCCUCUUCCUGCCCCGGGUCUGCGCUCCACCUCUCACCACACCCACGGAGGCCAGUCCCGGGCUUCUGCAUGCCGCGGGGCCGCCCUUGGAAGCUGUGCUCCCCGCGCCUGAGAAGAGGCCCUUGACCAGGGCGCAGGGGGCUGUGAAGUGUGAGAGCCCAGCCACGACUUUGUGGGCGCAGAACGAGCUGCCAGAUUUUGGAGGCAAUGUCCUCCUAGCCCCAGCUGCCCCCGCACUUCACGUGCCCGCGAAACCUCAGCCAUCUGAAGUGAUCCAGCCUCCAGACGAGGGGGUGUGCGGCCAGCAGUCCCGGCAGCCGGGCCCCGGCCCCACCGUGCAGAGCAGGGACGGCAUUGGUGCUUCUGAGAAUCUCGAGAAUCCUCCCCAGAUGGGCGAAGAGGAGGCCCUCCCGUCCCAGGCAGGUCCCGGUUAUGCCAGUCUGCUGUCCUCCCCACCCACCGAGUCUUUGCAGAAUCGGCCGGUCUUGAUCGCGCAGCCUGAUCAGAGCUACAGUUCGGCUCAGCCGUCCUGGAGAGACUCUGGGCUGGCGGGAGAGAAGCCCACGGUCAGCAGCCAGGCCGCUGGGGGUGAUUCUGGGGAAAACGCUCCUUUGUCUGGGGCUCCGGCUGGCGCCCUCAUCGGCUCGCCUCUGCCUAACCAUCUUGCCCAGAGUAAUUUCCCACAAGUUUGUGGUACCUCGGAAAUGGUUUCCAGUCAACCUGCUAAUUUGCUGGUUCAACAGCCAUCUCAUCCAUUUCCGAAGAACUUGCUUCCGGAAAGUCAAAAGAUGCAUAACGCAGAGAGCAUUCUUCCCGAGUUAGUUACCAGUCCUGCUGGAAGCACAGGCGUGAUGUUAGUUCUUCCUGCGAACAAUACCUCAGUACCUGAUGGUAAUAAGGCACAUCACUCCAGCAGUCGGGAUGAAGCUUCGGGAGCCCUAGACUUUACAUUCGGUCGGACUUUGGAAAAUCCUGUAGGAAUGUAUAGCCCGGCUCAAGCUGAUAGCCCAGCUUCUUGCCAGCAAACCAUCUCCAGUCACAGACCACUGCAUGGGCCUGGGGCACAUACCGCAGACCGUUUCUACCAACAGGUGACAAAAGAUGCUCAGGACCAGCAUGGACCAGAGAGAGCCCAGCAGGAGCCGGCCCCUCCCCCUCCCCAGGGGCCCAAAGCAGCACUUCCAGAGCCUUCAAACCCAGGAGGUCCACCAGUGCAAGGACAGCCCCCAAGCCCAACCCAUCCGUCUGCAAGUCCGGCUCCAGCUGACGUGGGCCAGCAGCUGCUGCCUCGACCACCUCGGUCCUCCAGCGUGUCCGUCGCAUCUACCAGCUCAAGCCAGGCGGCCGCGCGGUCUGACCAGCAGUGGCUGCAGCCGCCGCCUCCAGACUUGGCGUCCUACUACUAUUACAGGUCCCUGUAUGAUGGCUACCAGCCCCCGUACCCCUCACCGUACCCACCGGAUCCUGGCACCGCCCCCCACUAUUACCAGGACAUGUACGGCCUCUAUGAGCCCAGAUACAGGCCCUACGAUGGUGCAGCCGCUGCCUUCGCAGAGAGCUACCGCUACCCUGAGCUCGAGCGGCCCAGCUCCCGGGCGAGUCACUGCUCGGACCGGCCAGCUGCCAGGCAAGGGUAUCCUGAAGGUUACUAUAAUUCCAAAAGUGGAUGGAGCAGUCAGAGUGACUACUAUGCAAAUUAUUAUUCCAGCCAGUACGAUUAUGGAGAUCCAGGUCACUGGGAUCGGUACCACUAUGGUUCUCGGUCCAGGGACCCCCGCACCUACGACCGGAGGUGUUGGUAUGAUGCUGAGUACGAUCCGUAUAGGAAGGAAAGCUAUGCUUAUGAGGACAGGCCUGAGAAAUACGACGACCGCUGGAGGUACGACCCCCGCUUCACCGGGAGUUUUGACGACGAGCCUGAGCCCCACAGGGACCCCUACGGGGAGGAGGUGGACCGGCGGAGCGAGCACAGCGAGCGCUCAGCGCGGAGCCUACACAGCAGCUUCAGCUCCCACUCCCACCAGAGCCAGGUGUACAGAGGUCAUAGCGUGACGGCUGGGCCCUACGAGGCGCCCCCUCCACCGGGCUCCUUCCACGGCGAUUAUGCCUACGGCCCCUACGGCGGCGAUUUCCACGGCACCCUGGGCUUCCCGGAGUACAGCUACCCUGCUGAGGCCAGCUGGCCCUCCGCGGAGCAAGCUCCAUCGAGACCAACUUCUCCUGAGAAAUUCUCAGUGCCUCAUGUCUGUGCCAGGUUUGGUCCUGGGGGUCAGCUCAUCAAAGUGAUUCCAAAUCUGCCUUCAGAAGGGCAGCCUGCGUUGGUUGAAAUUCACAGCAUGGAGACCUUGCUGCAACACACGCCAGAGCAGGAGGAGAUGCGGGCAUUCCCGGGGCCUCUUGGCAAAGAUGACACCCAUAAAGUGGAUGUUAUUAAUUUUGCACAGAGCAAAGCUACAAAAUGUUUACAGAAUGAAAAUUUAAUUGACAAAGAGUCCGCAAGUCUUCUUUGGAGCUUUAUUGUUCUGUUAUGCAGACAGAAUGGGACUGUGGUGGGCACAGACAUCGCGGAACUCUUGUUACGAGACCACCGAACCGUGUGGCUUCCUGGGAAGUCACCCAGUGAGGCCAACCUGAUCGAUUUCACUCAUGAGCCUGCGGAGCAAGUGGAGGAGGAGUCGGGGGAGGCCCAGCUCUCAUUUCUCACCGACAGUCAGGCCACCACCACCCUCGAGAAGGACACGGAGCGGUUCCGAGAGCUGCUGCUCUACGGCCGGAAGAAGGAUGCUCUGGAGUCCGCGAUGAAGAACGGCUUGUGGGGUCACGCCCUGUUACUUGCCAGCAAGAUGGACAGCCGGACGCACGCCAGAGUCAUGACCAGGUUCGCCAACAGCCUUCCGAUCAACGACCCUCUGCAGACGGUCUACCAGCUGAUGUCCGGGCGGAUGCCAGCCGCGUCCACGUGUUGUGGAGAUGAGAAGUGGGGAGACUGGCGGCCGCACCUGGCCAUGGUUUUGUCCAACCUGAACAACAACGUGGACGUGGAAGCCCGGGCGAUGGCCACGAUGGGGGACACUCUGGCCUCGAGGGGACUCCUUGACGCUGCGCACUUCUGCUACCUCGUGGCCCAGGUUGGAUUUGGGGUUUAUACCAAGAAAACCACAAAACUUGUCUUAAUUGGAUCAAACCACAGUUUGCCAUUUUUAAAGUUCGCGACCAACGAAGCUAUUCAGAGGACAGAAGCCUAUGAGUACGCUCAGUCCCUGGGGCCGCAGACCUGCUCCUUACCCAGCUUCCAGGUGUUCAAGUUCAUCUACUGCUGCCGCCUGGCUGAGAUGGGGCUCCCCACGCAGGCCUUCCACUACUGCGAGGUGAUUGCCAAGAGCGUCCUGGCGCAGCCCCACAGACACUCCCCGGUGCUGCUCAGCCAGCUGGUUCAGGUCGCCUCCCAGCUGCGCCUCUUUGACCCUCAGCUGAAGGAGAAGCCGGAGGAGGAGGCCACCACGGAGCCAGCCUGGCUGGUCCAGUUGCAGCUCAUGGAGAAACAGGUCAAGGAGGGCACUGUGGCGUGGAGUCUGGACAGAGCCUUCCGCCCGCGCUGUCCCAGCUCGCCACGCUCCGAGGUGGGGCCCUGUGAUGGCCCAGCACCCGCCCAGCCGGCGGGCCUAGGCACCGACAACGUGCUGCUGGCGCCGCCUGUGCCCGGCGCUGACCACUUGGGCCAGGACGUGCGGCUGCUGCCCUCAGCUCCACUGACGCUCCCUGAUGGUCAGCCGGCCUUCCCCGCCAGGGUGCUGAUGUUCCCAGUGCCACCACCCGUGGGCUCUGUCGAGCUGGGGCCUGGCUCUGGACCCCCAGGGGCUGCACUUGGCUUUCCAGAGCCCUCUGUGCCUGAUCCUGUGGCUCCGUACCCAGGGCCUGGCCUGCCAUCUGGCACACCAUCUCUCCAAGAGACUGAACAUCUGCUCCCGGAGGCCAGGAGCCAGGACGCAGGAGUGAUGCCACGAGAGGCGCCCGGCAGAGACGCGCUGUCAGAGCUGGGAGAGGAGGAUUUCGGCGGAAAAUUUGCCAAUGUGGGCUCCUCAAGGACGUCCCAGGGCUCCGAGUCGUCUCCGGGCUGGGGGAGCGCUGGCUCAGGGGCCCUGCAGCCGCCUCCGCCUCUGCCUCUGACGCCCACGCCCGACGUGAAGAGACCUGUCCAGGCAGCCAAGAAAGAGAACAAGGAGCCUAAGAAGAGCAGCGAGUCCUGGUUCUCUCGUUGGCUGCCUGUGAAGAAGAGGACAGAAGCUCACUUGCCAGACGACAAGAACAAAUCGAUUGUCUGGGAUGAAAAGAAGAACCGCUGGGUGGACACGAACGAGCCGGAGGAGGAGAAGAAGGCUCUGCCCCCACCUCCCACAUCCCUUCCCAAGGCUCUGCAAGCUGCCCACCCUGGCCCUGGAGGGCCCCCCAGAACCGCUGUGAACAUGUAUUCUAGAAAAGCAGCCCGAGCCCGAGCGCGCUACGUGGACGUUCUGAACCCGGGGGGCCCCCAGCGGAGCGAGCCAGCCCUUGCUCCCGCGGACUUCUUUGCGCCACUGGCCCCGCUCCCGAUUCCCACACAGCUGUUCGGACCAGACCCAGAUGCAGAGGAAGCACCGCCCGCCGAGGGGGCUGGCAGGGAAGGGCAGGCACCGGCGGGGGGGCCAGCCAAUCCAGAGCCCGCCUCGGAGCCCAAGGUGCUCAGUUCUGUGGCGUCGCUCCCUAGACCUGAACGGCCACCCUCCGAAGCGGACGGUUCCCAGGGAGGAGAGCUUUCGCGCUGUAGUUCACUGAGCUCGUUAUCACGUGAAGUGAGCCAGCAUUUUAACCAGGCUCCCGGGGCUCCCCCCGCCGCAGCGGUGCCCUUCUACGACCCUGCGCAGUUCGCACAGGCCUCUGCUGCCUCUGGAAGUUCAAGGAUGGGAAGGAUUGGCCAGAGGAAGUACCCAGCAUACUGAGCUAGAAUGGUCCCUGUCCUGGACUGGCAUUUGGAACCCUGAAGUGAUUAUUCCACCAAGGGCUCAGACUGAUUGCCUGCGACUCCCGUCUGUUCCCAAAUGGAGACAGAUGCAGUGAUUCAGAAAUGAUUUAUGAAGUGUCGCCAGCAUUAAUUCCACACCUUCAGGAAGCUGGAUGAAAAGAGGGAAUCUGUGACUUACUAGAAUCUUACACCUGAAGGAAUGAUUUAAGGAUCCAACAUUCACAGUCAUUUGAGGAUGUUACACUGAGUGAAGCUGGAAACAUCUUGGCUACGGGAGGACUUUGCUUUUCAGUAACUAAGGCAUCUCUCAAAACCUAACGGUGAAUUAUUGCCAGAUAAAUCCCAGGGGUCCUUCAAGACGCUGGAAGGAAACAGUGCACCUUUGACUCAGAGAGGAACGCGGCCAGGGGUGCACGUCCUGAGGUGGUCAGCCCCCACCGUGGUCAGCCCCCACCUCGCGCUGUUGAACCUGGAAGGAUGCUUCGUCUCAAAGGAAACACGGGCUUCAUUUAGCAACAGUUCCGUUAGGUUUCGAGAGCGGCCCUCGCUGCUGACGUGUGUUUAUCUCCUGUAGCGAAGAUGUGUCCAGCCCUGCGUAAUUUCCUGUGGCCUCACUAGGACCAUGACGCUUCCACGCAGCCGGAGGGCCUGGCUCUGCUGUCAACGAGGGGUGGCUCCAUCGCUGGGACAGAGCCACAGGGGCCUCGUGCUCUGAUGUGACUGAUCCGAGUUAAUAAACCAGUGUCACAACUGUGACUGGUGAGUUUGGUUUGGAUUUUUCCCUGCGGACCAGCUGAGGCCAUGUGUUCUGGCCCGCCUUCACGCUGCAGUCCAGUGGUCUGGCUUCCUCUCACCAUUGCGUCAUUUAAGGAGUUGGUAACAUCUUGAAGAAAGUGGCUUAAAAUAAUUUCUUGUCAGAAGCUCUGGAAUCUGAUCUUUCUGCACCGAGACCUUCCGUGGCUAAUACGCUGACUCAGCCUGUGAACCUGCACAGGAAGACCUCCUCCUGGUGGACUCAGCUUUAAGGCUUCAUCGACUGUUCUUAAAACUGUUCACUUUCUUCUUCAGUCUAAGGAAAAGAUUUAAAUAUUUAAAAAAAUCAUUAGGAAAUAAUUUCUGUAGAACGCUGGGGGAACAUGGUUUGUUGGGGCUUUAGUCUAAGGGUAGGGCUUGUGUGAGGGUGGGGUCCGCGCGGGCCGCUCUGGGCCACCUGCCGUCUGGGAAGGACUCACAGAACGGUUUCCAGAAUGUUUCACUGAUUCGUCCCUUUGGGAGAGGCCGACGUUGCCGACGGGCAGUCUCUCGCGCCCCAGGGCCAGCGCUCGGUGCAGUUCCUGGGCCGAAACCCACCUGGCGCCCUCGGCUUCCUCCUCAGCCCUGCCCGUCGUCCUCUGUGUUUGACUGCCAGCGACUUUUGAUUCAAGAAGCUUCCUCCGAGGCGGGAGCUGCUAUUUUUCCUAAAUGCACAUUGUUCAAUAAAAUAUUUUGCGCUCUCA